AUGGUCGCCGACCUGAUGGUCGACACGGCCCGCGACGCGGCCGAAGAGUGUGAGUCCGCCGCCACCAACGCGCAGUUCAACGGGUUUUCUUUCCAGGUCGACAUCACCAGCGAAGAGUCCGUCGUCGCGCUCUUUGCCGAGGCGAGCAGCAAGAUGGGCCGCAUCGACUACUGCGUCAACUGUGCCGGCAUCGGUGCCCAAGAGGCCACCGAUAUCGCUGGCCUCUCGUUGUCCGAGUUCCAACGCUUCCUCAACGUCAACACCACCGGCCUCUUUCUGGUCACCAGGGAGGCGUCCAUCGCCAUGAGGGCCCAGAAGCCCGUGUCCGUUCUCCCGUCCGACGUAAAGCCGGACCGAGGCACGACUCGUGGCGCCAUCGUGAACCUUGGCUCGGCCACUUCCAUGGUUGCCACGGCGGGCGUCCUGGCAUAUACCACCUCCAAGCAUGCAGCACUCGGCCUAACCAAGAAUAGCGCUCUCGACAACGCCGCCUACGGGAUCAGGGUCAACUGCGUGUGCCCUUCGUGGGUGGACACGCCCAUGGUGCGCAAAGCAAUCGACGGCGUCGAAGGGCUUGGGGACCUGAUCAAGGGAGCGGUGCCCAUGGGCCGCAUCGCCUUCCCGGAGGAGGUGGCAGACACCGUCGUCUACCUGUGCAGCCCACGAUCCAGCUACAUCACGGGGUGCGGGCUUAUUGUCGACGGCGGCACCACGUUGGGUGCGAAUCGAUAG